AUGGGGGACUCCAAAGUGAAGGUGGCGGUGCGUGUCCGCCCCAUGAACCGGCGAGGUUCUUCUUCCGUUUCCAAAUCCACCAUCAACUACUUCGCCUUCUGUUACAAAAUCAAUUCCUUCGGAUUUCAGAGUUUUCUGGUGUCUCAAGUGUUUGCAUAUGAUCACUGCUUUUGGUCUAUGGAUGAAUCUGUCAAAGAAAAAUAUGCAGGUCAAGAUGUUGUUUUCAAGUGCCUUGGAGAGAAUAUUCUUCAGAAUGCCUUUGAAGGCUACAAUGCUUGUAUCUUUGCCUAUGGGCAAACAGGGUCUGGAAAAUCCUACACCAUGAUGGGUACUGCUGAUCAGCCUGGAUUAAUCCCUAGACUUUGCAGUGGACUCUUUGAAAGAGCACAGAAAGAAGAAAAUGAAGAGCAGAGUUUCAAAGUGGAAGUAUCCUACAUGGAGAUUUACAAUGAGAAAGUCAGAGAUCUCCUUGACCCCAAAGGAAGCCGUCAGUCAUUAAAGGUUAGAGAACACAGUGUUUAUGGCCCUUACGUAGAUGGCCUAUCCAAACUAGCUGUUGCUAGCUACAAGGACAUCGAGUCCUUGAUGUCUGAGGGCAACAAAUCUCGGACAGUGGCUGCCACCAACAUGAACGAGGAGAGCAGUCGGUCCCACGCAGUCUUCAAGAUCAUCCUCACCCACACCCUCUAUGAUGUGCAAUCAGGGACAUCAGGUGAGAAGGUGGGCAAGCUCAGCCUGGUGGACUUGGCAGGUAGUGAGAGGGCAACUAAAACUGGUGCUGCAGGAGACAGGCUGAAAGAAGGAAGCAACAUUAACAAAUCCCUCACAACUCUGGGGCUGGUUAUUUCUGCCCUGGCAGAUCAGGCUGCUGGCAAGAACAAGAACAAAUUUGUUCCAUAUCGUGAUUCUGUGCUCACUUGGUUACUUAAAGACAGCCUCGGGGGCAACAGCAAGACAGCCAUGGUGGCCACGGUGAGCCCAGCGGCCGACAACUACGACGAGACGCUGUCGACGCUGCGCUACGCGGACAGGGCCAAGAACAUCGUCAACCACGCCGUGGUCAACGAGGACCCCAACGCCCGCAUCAUCCGCGAGCUCCGCGAGGAGGUGGAGAAGCUGCGGGAGCAGCUCACCAAGGCUGAGGCUAUGAAAUCACCAGAAUUAAAAGAACGAUUGGAGGAAUCAGAAAAGUUGAUUCAGGAGAUGACCGUGACCUGGGAAGAAAAAUUACGAAAAACUGAGGAGAUAGCUCAGGAGCGUCAGAAACAGCUGGAAAGCCUUGGCAUAUCCCUGCAGUCCUCUGGAAUAAAAGUUGGGGAUAAUAAAUGCUUCCUGGUUAAUUUGAAUGCAGAUCCAGCUCUCAAUGAACUCCUGGUGUACUAUUUAAAGGAGCACACAUUAAUAGGCUCAGACAACUCUCAAGAUAUCCAGCUGUGUGGAAUGGGAAUUCUUCCUGAGCACUGCAUCAUAGACAUCACCCCAGAAGGCCAGGUUAUGCUGACCCCUCAAAAAAAUACCAGGACAUUUGUAAAUGGCUCUGCUGUCGUGUGUCCCAUCCAGCUCCACCACGGAGACAGAAUCCUGUGGGGAAACAACCACUUCUUCAGGCUGAAUUUGCCAAAGAAGAAGAAGAAGGCAGAUCAUGAGGAUGAGGAGCGGGACAACUCCAUGAAGUGCAGUAACAGUGUGGAGCAGCUGGAUAUAGAUGGAGACAAUUCCAGUGAGGUGUCCAGUGAGAUUAACUUCAGCUAUGAAUAUGCCCAGAUGGAAGUCACUAUGAAGGCUCUUGGUAGUAAUGACCCAAUGCAGUCAAUCCUGCAAAGCCUGGAGCAGCAGCAUGAGGAGGAGAAGAGAUCAGCUCUGGAGAGGCAGAGGUUGAUGUACGAGCACGAGCUGGAGCAGCUGCGGCGCCGGCUCUCGCCCGAGAAGCAGCAUUUCCGCAGCAUGGACAGGUUCUCCUUCCACUCCCCCAGUGCCCAGCAGCGCCUCAGGCAGUGGGCAGAGGAGAGGGAAGAAAUGCUGACCCACAGCCUGAGGAAGCUGCGAGAGCAGAUUGUUAAAGCCAAUUUGUACGUGAGAGAAGCCAAUUUUAUUGGAGAGGAACUGGACAAGAGGACAGAGUACAAAGUGACCCUCCAGAUCCCAGCUUCAAGCCUUAAUGCCAACAGCAAGAGAGGUGCAAUUCUCAGUGAGCCUGCAAUCCAGGUGAGGAGGAAGGGGAAAGGCAAACAGAUCUGGUCACUGGAAAAGCUGGAGAAUCGACUGGUGGAUAUGAGGGACCUUUACCAGGAGUGGAAAGACUGUGAGGAAGACAACCCAGUGAUGAGAGCUUAUUUCAGGAGAGCUGAUCCCUUCUACGAUGAGCAGGAGAACCACAGCCUUAUUGGAGUAGCCAAUGUUUUCCUUGAGUGCCUGUUCUAUGAUGUGAAGCUUCAAUAUGCUGUUCCAAUCAUCAAUCAGAAGGGAGAGGUUUCAGGUCGUCUCCACGUGGAAGUUGUUCGAGUGAGCGGGGAAAUCGAUGACAGGCUGGUGGGAGGUGAGGACAGUCCUGACUACUCAAAUGAAAAUGACAUCCCAGAGAGAAAACUUGUCUGCAGGAUUAAAAUACUUCAAGCUACAGGUUUGCCACAGCACCUGUCCAACUUUGUGUUCUGCAAAUACACAUUCUGGGAUCAAGUGGAGCCAGUUAUUGUUGCACCUGAGGUGGAUCCUUCCCAGUCUUCCAUCAGCAAGGAGCCACGGUGCAUGGUUGUCUUUGACCACUGCAAUGAGGUUUCUGUGAAUAUUUCUGAAGACUUCAUGGAACAUCUUUAUGAUGGUGCUUUGGCCAUUGAAGUUUAUGGGCACAAGCAGAGUGGGGACCGAAAAAACCCAGCCCUGUGGGAUUUGGGAAUAAUUCAAGCCAAAACACGCAGCCUUCGGGACAGGUGGAGUGAGGUGACCCGCAAAGUGGAGCUGUGGGUCCAGAUCCUGGAGCUCAAUGAGAACGGGGAGUACUGCCCAGUUGAGGUGACCCCUGCCAAGGAUGUCAGCACAGGAGGCAUCUUCCAGCUCAGACAGGGGCAAUCUCGACGAAUCCAGGUUGAAGUGAAAUCUGUGCAGGAAUCUGGGACCUUGCCACUGAUGGAGGAAUCCAUAUUAUCUGUUGGUGUUGGCUGUGUUCAAAUAAAACAUGUCAAGUCACAAAAUUAUCAGGAAGAAGAGGAUGAAAUGGACAGUUAUCAGGACAGGGAUUUGGAGAGGCUCCGUCGGAAGUGGCUCUGUGCCUUAACAAAGCGCCAGGAGUACCUUGAUCAGCAGCUGCAGAAACUCGUGGGGAAGCCUGACAAAACCGAGGACGACGCGGAUCGGGAGGCUCAGCUCCUGGAGAUGAGGCUGACCCUCACAGAGGAAAGGAAUGCUGUGAUGGUUCCUUCUGCUGGCAGUGGGAUCCCUGGAGCUCCAGCAGAGUGGACUCCUGUGGCUGGUAUGGAAACCCACAUUCCUGUUAUAUUCCUUGACUUGAAUGCUGAUGACUUCAGCUCCCAGGAUAACCUGGAUGACCCAGAGGCAGGAGGCUGGGAUGCUACUCUGGUGGCAGAGGAGGAGGAGGAAUUCUUUGAGCUGCAGAUUGUGAAGCAUCACGACAGUGAGGUGAAAGCAGAAGCCUCAUGGGACUCCACGGUCCACGACUGCAUCCAGCUCAGCAAGGGGACGGCGGCGGAGGAGAGGGUUUACCUGAUUGUCAGAGCCACUGUCCAGCUCAGCCACCCUGCAGAGAUGCAGCUGGUGCUGCGCAAGCGCAUCUGUGUCAACGUCUAUGGCAGACAGGGUUUUGCACAGAGUUUCCUCCGGAGAAUGUCCCCCCGAAGUUCCAUCCCUGGCUGUGGCGUCACUUUUGAGAUAGUCUCAAACAUUCCAGAGGAUGCUCAGGGGGCUGAGGAGAGGGAGGCACUGGCCAGGAUGGCAGCAAACGUGGAAGAUGCAGCUUCAGCUGACUCUGAAGCCUACAUUGAGAAAUACCUGCGGAGCGUCCUGGCCGUGGAGAACAUCCUCACCCUGGACCGGCUGCGCCAGGAAGUUGCUGUAAAGGAGCAGCUGAUGGGAAAAGGAAAACUCUACCGCAGGAGCCUGAGCUCCCCCAACGUGAACCGGCUUUCUGCAAGCCGCCAGGAUUUAGCCCCCCCUUAUAACCUGAGCAGUAACAGGGGUCGAUGGGAGAGUCAGCAAGAUGUGUCCCAAGGUGCCACAAACUCCAGUAGAGGCAUUAGUCCAUCUCGUACCUCCCUGCCAGGCUCUGGGCAGCAGAACCACUCCCCUGAUCCAGGUAUUGGUAGCCUGGCUGCUUCCUACCUGAAUCCUGUCAAGUCCUUGGUGCCUCAGAUGCCAAAGCUGCUGAAGUCCCUGUUCCCUGUUAGAGAUGAGAAAAAGGGCAGGCAGAGCUCUCCCCUUGCACAGCAGGCUGUCCCACGAAUUAUGGUUCAGUCAGCCAGUCUGGAGGCCAGUGCUGCAAGGAUAAAACAGAUGAACCAAGAGGAAGCAGCAAAGCAGCCGCUGGAAAUGGCGGCGCAGACGCCCGAGACGGACAAGUGUCUGGAGAAGACACCCAAAGUGCCUUUGCAGCAGCCCACAGGGGACACCCAGGCCCAGGACUGCCAGGAGGGACCUCCCAGCCCCCUGAGUGAAGCCUCCAGUGGGUAUUUUUCCCACAGUGUCUCCACAGCCACCCUCUCUGAGGCCCUGGCAGCGGGAAGCGACGCUGUGGCUCAGCCGGGAGGUCCAACACCUGCAGGGAGUGACUCCCCUGCUCCUGCAGCGGCUCAGGUCCCUUCUGAUGUGCAGGACAGGGCUCCUGAGAGCUCUCUGGCCACAAAGAGGGAGAAUCCCCCCACCUUCAGCCUUCCAAGUGCUCCCCCCAAACAGAGGGACAGCCCUGAAGUGAAUGGAAAGAGUCAAUAUCCAAACAAUCAGUGGAGUCAGCAGGACCAGCCAGGAAAAAGGAAACAUCCCCUGGGGCUUCAGAACUGGGGUUUCCCAAAGCUCAUCCCGACCAGCCCAGCGCUGCAGCCUCGCCCUUCAAAAUCCAGAAGGUGA